AUGAGUGCUCUCUUCGAACCAGUUAAAAGAAUGAAGCUCCUGGAUCUGGCCGGUGAGGUGGCGACUGCGUGGCAAUUGCUAGGUGGAACACCUGGAGGCAGUCUUUCCUCUACGCUUGCUUUGCCGUCUCUUUCUCCUUUUAGUUUCCUUAUAGUUUCCUUCCUCCUCCUCCAUUACCCUUUUCUUCACCAAAACUCAUUUUCCCAACAAAAAAUAAAACAAAAACAAGGAGAGAAAUCCAUCCACAAGCCGUGCGAAAGAGAUGCUUCAUUGGUUGCAUAUAACGGUGGCAGUGGUGACCACCGCAAUUCUUUUGAUCUUUGGUUUGUAUUUAUUCGUAUUUGGUGUUUCCACAAACACGUGGCAGCUGAUCAAAACAAGAGAAAUGGGAAUUACUAUGUUUUUCGACGUGGGGUUUCAUCAAAGCCUUUGUUUAGCUGGUCUGAUCACCCGUCUCUCAUCACUGACGCUGUUGAAAAUGGAUGGUCCAGAUUUGGUUUCACACCUAACAUGUCUUCUCCAUCUACAAGGUCAAGCCGGUUGGGCUUACGUGCACCCAGUGAUCAUGCAAGAGGAAACGGUAUCGAAGUAAACUGGGAAGUCUCAGAGAGAUCAGUUGAUUUCAUGCAGAAGAUUAGGCUAAAAUCUGGUUCAAGGAAGGGAACUCGGACUAUAACUCAUGAUUCCAUGGCUGCUUCAUCUGUUAUUAGAACAGCUUUGCCUUUGCCAGGGCCGCCUCUGGGGAACUCUGCUUUUCCUCAAGAGGCCUAUUUCGAGAUCAAGAUCUUGUAUUGCCAGGGGCAUAAUUAUGACUCGAGUCGAAAGUUGAAGGAAAGCGAGAUGACGAAACUGAUGCAUGAGAAUUCCAGCUCCAAAGCAAGUUCAGAAUCUUUUGUUCAUGUUAUUAAUAAGAUUGAGGAAUUAAAGUCUGCAACUAAAGAUGAUAGAAAAGGUGAAGCAGUAAUGUUCAUGGAUUUAAAGAGCGUUCGCGGUUGCGUAUUCGGUCGUGACACGUUUAUCGUGGUUACGGACAUAACAGAUGCUAUCGCGGUUACUGCAGGUGUUGUGAAUGUUUUCUAA